CGUCCAUCUGCGCAACGACAUCGACGAGCAGCCACGCAGCAGCAGCAGCACAUUGGUUGACGUCGUCAAUUUGACCAACAACCGUCGUCACCACUUCCAUUCAUCCAUCGACAUACACAACCAGCAUUACACGCAGCACCAGCAGCAACCACGAAACUCUCCAAGCACAGCACACCACGAGAAGAAAGUCAGACAACAGCACGCAGCCAAACCACAGCAGGCAGGCGUACAACAGCACACAGCCAAACCACAGAUACUACAUACAGCAGGCAGGCAGACAUACAACAGCAAACACCACAUUCAAGCCAUCCUCCGCUGAUUACAAGCCAACCUCAGAGUCAGAACCUCAGACAGACAAACACACACUUGCUUGGGGAGGACCUUCCCCUCCUUCCAGCAGCAAGCAGGUCGCGCUCAUCACACCACAGACAGAGCAGCCGACACCACACAUCAAGAACACAGAAACAGGAGGCAUCAUGAUGCGGACCACACAGCAACAGGUGUUCAUCACCAUCGCUGCGAUGAUGCUGGCAUCAACAGCAGCCCCGACAACCGCAAGUUCACAGCCAGAACUGUGCUACCAGGUGGCAUGGGGAGUUGGAAGCACGUACCGCAGGCAGGUGAUCCGACCCGUGACAGCAUUUCCAGCUGAGCAUGCCCUGGUGCAAGAACAGUAUUGUGGCGGCAAGGACGCAGGUGAUCCCAUCCCUCACGAGGCCCUUUGGAGCAGACGCGGUCGGCACGACCCUAGCCGCUGCCAGCACGUCUCUGGCGCUGAAGCGUUCUACGCUUACAACGCCCCUUACGGGUCCUCCAGUAACACUGGGUUCGAGCAAACGGACACGGACCUUCUCUACUUUGUCGUGGACGAUGCUGGCGAGGUCUCGUUCGUCGUUGUCCAUGACCUGGCCGACGACGGAACAGGCGGCCAAAUCAACAUCGAGCUCAGCACACCCGAUCUCAUUGGCGAGGGUGUCACGCUGAGUGUUCGCGACGAUCCCGGCACAACCGCCGACCGCACAACAUGCGAGCAGUCCACGAGCACGUCCGAUUGCUACACUUUCGAUGCGUACACCAUGACCGGCUAUUUCAACCAAAUCUGGGCACCAUGCUGCACAGACGGCUUUGUCCUGAGCAAGCUCCCGCUCUUCAACUGGCGGUUCAACUUCAAGUAUGACGUCGUUGACCACAUCUACAACUUCCGUGUCGGCAACUUCAACCCGGACACGUUUGACAUGUCCUUCCUGGACUUGGACGCCGCAGAGGUGCUGGCAAACGGCGUGGAGGUCUCCGCCUUCACCUGCAACGACUACUGCAGGGACAAGUCAUGUGGAGAAUGCUCCCUCGACCCCCAGUGCGGCUGGUGUGACACCUCCCGCUGCCUCGCCCGCUCAGAAGAGCCGACGUGCGCAGGCAACUGGCUGGAGGAUGCGUGCUGCCCAUCGUGCGCCGCCCACACAGACUGCCAGGCCUGCCUCAAUGCAGACGGGUGCGGCUGGAGCUUCAGCCUCGGCCGCUGCCUCUCCGGCACAACCGACCUCGGCCUGUGCGAGGCGUCCGAGUUCUACCAAAUCCCAUCGCCAGGCAACACCAUCUGCCGCGUUCUCCCGGGACCCGUCAUCUCACCAAACACAACCGCCACCGUGCCCAGCGCUUACAACAGCCCAAUCCUGGACUGGUGCAGCGGUAACGGCGACUAUGUGUGGGGCGUAUCCACAACAUGCGACUGCCACGAAGGAUGGGCAGGCGAUGACUGCAGCAUCCAGUGCCCGCGCGACACAAACGGGCAGGUGUGCGGCGGCCACGGCACAUGCGACCAGGGCGGGUUCUGCCUGUGCGAGUGCGGCUGGGGCGGUCCUGACGGCGACUGCAGCCAGGAGAUCCAGUGCGACUGCGAAGUUGUCAACAACGUCAACACGUGCUUCAUCAACGAAGAGGACAACUGCCCCGUGCGCUGCGGCGUUGUGGCCACGGCAACGGACACAUGCACGGGUGUGGACGUCGACUUCCACUCCCAGGGCACAGACCGCCGGGUCAACGGCUCCGAGUGCGUGUGUGCCGAAGGUUGGUGGGGCGAGUCCUGCGACAACGCCUGCCCUGGCAUCGACCCUGUCACGGGCGAGGGCGAAGUGUGCGAUGGCAACGGCGUCUGUGACGUCAACACGGGCCAGUGCACGUGCGCCCCUUGCUUUGCGCCAGACAAGUACGGCAACUGCCAGCCCAAGCGCUGCCCAAGCUGCAACGGCGGUGGCCGCUGCGAGUGCGAUGCCGACACGGGCGAGCGCGUGUGCCGGUGCCCCGGCCAGCGCUACGGAACCCUCUGCGAACUCUGCGCCUGCGAGAACGGCGAUUGCAACGCACUGACGGGCCAAUGUGACUGCGAUGAAGGCUGGAGUGGCGAGUUGUGCACUUUCCAGUGCUCGCGCGAAUCCAAGUGCCACGGCCACGGCACAUGCGACCAAGACACAGGAAACUGCGUUUGCGACACGGACUACAUUGGCUCGGCGUCGCACCAGUGCGAGUUCUACUGCCCGGCAUCAAAGUGCAACGGGCACGGCUUCUGUGACGGUGACACGGGCGAGUGCGUGUGCCAAAAUGGGUACAUUGGAGACUCGUGCCAGGCCGCGUGCGACCUCGACGUGUGCCAGAACGGCGGCACGUGCACGAUGGAUGAGACAGCGGACCGCGGGUACACAUGCGACUGCCCAUCGGGCUUUACCGGGUACACGUGUGACCGUGACAUCGACGAGUGCCGGAGCAGCGACAGCAACGGGUGCGACGAGGCGCACGGGGUGUGCAGCAACACGGCCGGGUCGUACCAGUGCAGCUGCGAGAGCGGGUGGCAGCUUGCGUCCAACGGGCGCGACUGCGAGGACGUGAACGAGUGCGCGGAUGAGGCGGACAACGAGUGCGACGCGCUUGUUGGCUCGUGCGCGAACACGAUUGGGUCGUACACGUGCAGCUGCGAUGCCGGGUAUGAGCUGGGCAGCGACGGGCACACGUGCGAGGACGUGGACGAGUGCGCGAGCGACGAGGACAACCUGUGCAACACGGACGUUGGGACGUGCACGAACACGGUUGGGUCGUACGAGUGCGGGUGCGGUGCCGGGUACGAGCUUGGCAGCAACGGGUACAGCUGCCUGGACGUGAACGAGUGCAGCGCUGCGGAGCUGAACGAGUGCGACGCGAACGCGGUGUGCACCAACACGGCUGGGUCGUACGCUUGCAGCUGCGCGAGCGGGUACACGGGCGACGGGUUCACGUGCGCUGACCGGGACGAGUGUGCCGGGGACAGCAACCCGUGCGACGAGAACGCGUCGUGCACCAACACGGCGGGCAGCUUCACGUGCCAGUGCCGGUCUGGCUGGCAGGGCGACGGCGCGACGUGCGCUGACGUUGACGAGUGCACGACGGAGGACGCGUCGCUGGCGCACCAGUGCGACGCUGCGCACGGGACGUGCGUGAACACCGCUGGGUCGUACGAGUGCACGUGCGAGAGCGGGUUUGAGCUUGCGUCUGACGGGCUGAGCUGCGUGGACGUUGACGAGUGCGCUGAGAACGGCGGGGUUGGCCCGUGCGACGGCAGCCACGGGGUGUGCAGCAACACGAUUGGCUCUUACGAGUGCGGGUGCGACGCCGGGUAUGCGCUUGGCGCUGACGCGCACGCGUGCGAGGACGUGAACGAGUGCCGGAGCAGCGACAGCAACGGGUGCGACGAGGCGCACGGGGUGUGCAGCAACACGGCCGGGUCGUACCAGUGCAGCUGCGAGAGCGGGUGGCAGCUUGCGUCCAACGGGCGCGACUGCGAGGACGUGAACGAGUGCGCGGAUGAGGCGGACAACGAGUGCGACGCGCUUGUUGGCUCGUGCGCGAACACGAUUGGGUCGUACACGUGCAGCUGCGAUGCCGGGUAUGAGCUGGGCAGCGACGGGCACACGUGCGAGGACGUGGACGAGUGCGCGAGCGACGAGGACAACCUGUGCAACACGGACGUUGGGACGUGCACGAACACGGUUGGGUCGUACGAGUGCGGGUGCGGUGCCGGGUACGAGCUUGGCAGCAACGGGUACAGCUGCCUGGACGUGAACGAGUGCAGCGCUGCGGAGCUGAACGAGUGCGACGCGAACGCGGUGUGCACCAACACGGCUGGGUCGUACGCUUGCAGCUGCGCGAGCGGGUACACGGGCGACGGGUUCACGUGCGCUGACCGGGACGAGUGUGCCGGGGACAGCAACCCGUGCGACGAGAACGCGUCGUGCACCAACACGGCGGGCAGCUUCACGUGCCAGUGCCGGUCUGGCUGGCAGGGCGACGGCGCGACGUGCGCUGACGUUGACGAGUGCACGACGGAGGACGCGUCGCUGGCGCACCAGUGCGACGCUGCGCACGGGACGUGCGUGAACACCGCUGGGUCGUACGAGUGCACGUGCGAGAGCGGGUUUGAGCUUGCGUCUGACGGGCUGAGCUGCAUGGACGUUGACGAGUGCGCUGAGAACGGCGGGGUUGGCCCGUGCGACGGCAGCCACGGGGUGUGCAGCAACACGAUUGGCUCUUACGAGUGCGGGUGCGACGCCGGGUAUGCGCUUGGCGCUGACGCGCACGCGUGCGAGGACGUGAACGAGUGCCGGAGCAGCGACAGCAACGGGUGCGACGAGAUUCAUGGCUCAUGCGUCAACGUUCCAGGCUCGUACGAGUGCGCAUGCGAAGCCGGAUGGCAGCUGUCUUCUGAUUCACGCACAUGUGAAGAUGCUAAUGAGUGUGCGGCAAACGGCGGUGUUGGCCCCUGUGACAGCGAGCGUGGCUCGUGCGCGAACACGAUUGGGUCGUACACGUGCAGCUGCGAUGCCGGGUAUGAGCUGGGCAGCGACGGGCACACGUGCGAGGAUGUGAACGAGUGCUUGAGAAACACGCACGAGUGCUCGCACUAUUGCAAGAACACGCGUGGGUCGUAUGUGUGCACGUGUCCUGACGGCUUUGUGCUGGAUGCAUCGGGCCACAACUGCUUCUUCUUCUUCUCGACCCCUGUUGGCGAGACUACCACGACAACGACCACCACGACCACCUCGACCACGAAACCAGCACAACGCCCACCACCACGACCACGACCAGCACGAACACCAGCGAGCCUGCCACGACCACCGCUGCUUGCGGAGGAUGCGGGCGUGCGGGAUGUUGUGAUUUCGGCGUUUGCGUCUGUUGCGCAGGUGUCUGAGAUUGUUCCAGUGCUGUUUAUUUCUCCGGCGGAGCAAGCGCUUGUGCUGCAGUAUGCGGUUGUUGUGAAUGAGGAGGAUGUGGCAACUGCUGAGCAGAUCGCCAGCGACGUUGCCGAUGAAGUCACCAACAUCAUGAAGGGCAUCGAGCAACAAGAUGCAGUUCAGUGCCUGUUCUUCGUCGGCAUUGAUUUCACACGCGAGUCUGACAAGGAAGUUGUUCCCUCAGAUACAAACUCAUCAUCGAACUCCAAUGGCAUCUCUAUUCCCGUCGCCGCCAUAGCUGGCUGUGCUGGCGUGCUGGUCUUGAUUGCGCUGAUCGUGCUGGCGACGGCGGUUCGCAAACGCGCUUCUGCCUCUUACGGCUUCGAUCUCGGCGCUGGCACGGGCGCAACCGACGAUGACUUCAGCAACCCGAUGUACUCUGCCAAGGAGCGCAAUGUUGCCUUUGACAAUCCCAUCUACGAUGACGUGGCAGAGAAUGACGAGGAGGAGCACGACACUGCGCCAAUGGAGAAGCAGGGCAGCUUGGUGUGGGACUCGUACUGA